CAGUCCCAGGUUCUGAUCCAAAAGUAGUGAAAAUCCAUCGUCAUGUUUAGACUGGUGGUUAUUUCCGUCCUGGCAAGCAUCGCCACGGUGCAAUGUGGAACUAUUCUCACGCCUGUUAUUGGCAAGCUCGUUUCUGAGAAGGUCGUCGAGGCGCACAGCAGCAACGUGGUGCAUCCAUCAGCGUCGCUGGUGGCCGCGGCUUCACCCGCGCUGCUGAGAUACGCGGAUGUCGCUCUGGUACAGCAACCAGUCGCCGAGAUUGUGCAACCGGUGGCGAAGACCUCGUUGGUUGCCGAGAAGACGAUAGAGGCCCAUGGACACCAAGUAAUCCACGACGCGCGUCCGUUGAUCGCAGUGGCAAAACCUCUGGCAGCCGUCGAAUCGCACGUUGCAGUACCCGCGAUUGCCACUCGCGAAAUAGCUUACACGGCACCGUAUUAUUCACCAUAUUAUUCGGCGUAUCCCCAUCAGCUGAUUGCCGAGAAAAUUGUAUCCAAUUACGGGCAUACCAUUCAACACGCAUAAAUAAUCACCGGCCGAAGUAUUGUAUCAAAACAUAAAAUAAUAACUCUAAGGAGCACGCAUGGAUUUACAAAAUGAAACCUAUGACGAAUUUAAAAAUACGAUCUCCGUUUGAGGACAUUUUAUUAAAGAAGGUUAAAUUAUCUUCAAAUGGAACAUUCGUCAAUUAUGAGUUUUAUAAAUUUAAAGAGACAGGUGGAUCCCUGUUGUGCUCGUUAAAGAAAGGACCAUCUUUUAGUCUUUGCUCGCAGUCGGAAAACCACUCACCCGAAACUAUCAUCAUUCUCGAUCACUUUCGCGGCGGCAUUGUCUUCGUAGAUUACUCUAAGAACUAUCCCAAGUUCGAGAACCAUGUCGUUCGCGUGACUUAACAAAACGAAUCGAAACUGGCAGUCUUUAGCUUGGGAAAGAGGCCGGUCGAUCACGUUUGUCAACAUUUAUAAAAAAAAAAAAAAAGAUUGUAUUGCACAUACUCGAUGUAAAUUCCUCAAUAAAUUUUCAUGCAUUUCA